UUUUGACUCUUUCAUAAUAUUAUCAUUUGUUUGUGAACAUUUAUUAUAUUUGCAUGUUAUACUUCAAACUGAUGAACAAUGAAAUAUUUUUUUAUUAUUUUAACAGAAUUUAUGAUCCUUGUCGAUUCUGGAGUAAAAGACUUCAAGAUUCUCCCAAAUUUACCCCUUGGAGAAUAUCGAGUAAAUGUCAUCGCUAUUCAUCACUGUUCUACAACUCAGAAAUACAAUUUUCAGUAUAAUUUUUUUUUAUUCAAGACAUCUAGAACUACAGUUCAACUAAGAGGAAAUAUUUCAUGUAUUAAUAGGGCAUUUGAUGAUUCUUUAUUGUUACGUGGUUCUAUGGCAAUAAAAGACAAAAUUGGUGGUUGGCAGAAUAACGCGUACGUAUAUCAAUCACCAAUGGCAUACUCCGGUCUCAAAAAAUUGUUUGGAGCUGAAUUUGCAGUAUUUUUAAAUAGCUUUGGAGUAAAUGACACAAAACAGAAUUCGAUUCCACCAGGAAUAUAUACCACCAAAGGUUAUGAUAUUUCGAACUAUCCAUCAAAUACAAAUUUACCAAAACAAAUUUUCUAUGGAACGUACAAAAUGAAUAUUAACUAUACUGAAAAAAGUGGCAGUCUUGUUGGAUGUUAUAUAUUUGUCAUUGAAAUAAAACGUCCAUGGGAAAUUGAAUGAGUUUGUUAUUUAAUGAGGUGUAGUUUAUUACAACUAUAUGCAUAAGUUUUAAAAAGAAAAAAGAAAAGAAUUUUAUUAAAGGUUUGAUAUAUUUAUAUUUAUUU